GCUUUGGCGAGGCCAGACUUCAAGGAUGAGAAACCUGCAACAGUGUCCCCCAUCGCUGCGGCUUCAAAUGGAUUCUAUAAUCAGAAGAUGAGAAGAGAAGGAGACUGAAAACAUGCGGCGGUCCUGAGGCGUUUCUGUCUCCGGCUGUGACGGUGUCACCGAGCCGACACCAUGAACCUGCGUGGUGGGAACGUGUCAGAGUUGAUCUCUAACACAGUCAGAGCCAUUACCACUCUGGAGUCCAACACCUGGUCUCCACGUGGACUCGAGGAAAACACCCUGCGACUCAACAACGUGACAAACUCGGGGUGUCAGGGAAGUGACAUGGUUCGUAAUGGCGUUGACGCGCAGUUAGGGAAUGGGUCAUAUCGUAACGUUGGAGUUUACAGCGAGGAUGGUGGCAGGAUUUACGGGUCUCAGUGUCCUCAACAAGAAAUGGCGGUGGAGAAGAACUGGGCGGCGCUGCUGAUCUUAAUCGUCAUCGCCGUCACGGUCAUGGGCAACAUCCUGGUGAUCCUGGCGGUCUCUCUGGAGAAGAAGCUGCAGAAUGCCACUAACUAUUUCUUGAUGUCCUUGGCAGUCGCUGACAUGCUCCUGGGCAUCCUGGUCAUGCCGGUCUCCAUGGUGACCAUUCUCUACGAUUACGGGUGGCCGCUGCCCUCUGACCUCUGUCCCAUCUGGAUCUACCUGGACGUCCUGUUCUCCACGGCGUCCAUCAUGCACCUCUGCGCCAUCUCUCUGGAUCGAUACAUCGGCAUACGAAACCCGAUCCACCACAGCCGCUUCAACUCCCACACUAAGGCCCGCAUCAAGAUCAUGGCGGUGUGGACCAUCUCAGUGGGGAUCUCCAUGCCCAUUCCUGUGCUGGGACUCAGAGACCACUCCAAGGUCUUCAAAGACGGCAGCUGCCUGCUGACAGAUAACAACUUUGUGCUGGUCGGCUCCUUUGUGGCCUUCUUCGUGCCCCUCACCAUCAUGGUCGUCACCUACUUCCUGACCAUCAACGCCCUGCAGAACGAAGCCACGCUCUGCCUGGACCAGCUGGUCCCGCGGCCCAAAUGGAGCACGACGUUCACGCUGAGCUUCUUACCACAGACCUCGCUGUCCUCUGAGAAACUCUUCAGACGCUCAAUUAGCCGCGAGGCCGGCGGCAGAGGAAGCAACAGUGGCCUGGGAGGCGCUCGGGGGAGCGUCUCCGGCUCGCUGUUUGGACGCCGCACCAUGCAGUCCAUUAGCAACGAGCAGAAGGCGUCCAAGGUACUCGGGGUGGUGUUUUUUCUCUUUGUGGUCAUGUGGUGCCCGUUCUUCAUCACCAACGUGCUGGUGGUGGUGUGUGACCCGGCGGUGUGUGACGCAGCACUCAUGGGAGGCCUGCUGAACGUUUUCGUGUGGGUCGGAUACUUGUCCUCCGCAGUCAACCCGCUGGUCUACACACUGUUUAAUAAAACAUACCGAGCAGCGUUCCUGCGCUACGUCCGCUGCCGGUACCAGCCGGAGAAGAAGCCUCUUCAGCUCAUACUGGUGAACACCAUCCCACCGCUGGCUUACAGCUCCACCCAGCUGCCCCUGGGCGACGUCGGGAAGUUACGAAACGGAGUGACGCAUUCUGGUGGUGAAAUGAAGGACUUCUCUUUACCUGGACAGGAAACAGAGAAGUGCAGGUCGGAUAACAGUCGCUGUGACAAGGAUGAGAGCUGCGUGUGAAUAAACACCAAUGUAACGGUCGAUCCUGUGAAACUCACGGAUCAGAUAAACUUCUGUGGUCACAUCAUAUGUGGGAGCGAGGUUUAAAGUCAAAGUGCCAAAGACAAAGUGCCUCCCAGUCAGCGGUUUAGAAACUCUGAGGUCAUGAGCUCCCCGACAUGUCAAGAAAAUAAAAAUAUAGUUUGAAUUUGUACAUUUCACUGCAGUCAGCUUCUGAUCCAUGACUCACCAACAGAGUCUGUAUCGGUUUAGUGAAGUUUGUAAGUUCCCUAUUACAACACAAACAUCUUUUGAUCACCCAAAAUUUGUUAAUCAAUGCUUGCGUCAUGGAUUAAACGAGAAGUGUGUCAGAUUUAGGGGGAUUAAGUGGUGUCUAACAGUGAAGAUUGCAGAUUGCAACCAGCUUAAACUUCUCCUGGUUAGAAUUCCUUCACCGUUCAGGAAUUAUCCACAGAGGUCUCUUCCUCUCUAAAACAAAUGGACCAGGUGAUUUAAGGCGGCAUCUGAAGAGUUGGACUGAGAACACGAUGGGUCACCUUUUUUUCCCCCUUUGAUAACACAAGAUCCAGACAAUCAGGAGGUUUUACUGGGAGCUGAAUUAUCCACAAGGUCUCUUCCUUUCCGAAACAGGCAAUAAAAAUACAUAAUAAGGUAGUUUCACAUGGAAAAACAUCAGUGUCUGCUCCCUAUGUAGGUGUAAACGGCUCAUUCUAAAAGGUAAAAAAACAACAACUAUUUUUAUCUCUAGGUGAUUAUAAACUAACGGAAACAUACUUAUUAUAUUAUGUUGCAUUUCUGUCAAUAUAUCCCCUUAAAUCCUGCACACUGGAGCUUUAAAAUCCCCAAAAAGGUUUCAGAGUCUUCUCCACACUGCCAGCAAAACAUAUUUGUCAAGUAAUCUUUUAAAGAUACUAAGUUGUUCAGCAUCUUCCAAUCUGAGAGCUAAACGAGAUGAGAACGAGGAACAGUCCAUGAAAAUGAUGUGAGACGCUCUUUUGCCGGUACAAAAGUGACAGAAUUUACCCACUUUAUAAACUCUUUGGACAGAAGGGUAAAAAAAAAAAAAAAGUUUUUAUAGAUUCUUCACAUUAUUUCAUUUUUCACGGAUGCUCAGCUGCAGUGACCUCAGCUCCCCCCUCAUUUCGCCGGCUCCUUGGCAUCAGUCAGGUGGCCUUUACCUCCCAUCAUACCUUUGGGUGGAUCAGCGGGGAUUAGACUGGAUUUUCUGCCACCUUAUCAGAUGUUAGAGUCAGGGGAGGAAAAUCCAGGAUGAGCCUGAAACACCGGGACUCCAGACUCUCACAGAGGUCAGAUAAAUAAGGGAAGGAAAGGCUCCUGCUGCUUCAGUAUUUUCUGUUGAAAAUAACAGAGAAUAAAUAUUCUGUCUGAAAACAUGUUACAGAGAGACGACGUAAAUAAAUCUAUAUUUGUAUUUUGUGCAGAUAUAUGUGAAUAAAUGUAAAUGAUUGUUGAGGUUUUUGUUAUUUACAAGUAGGAAGGGGAUACCUGAUGAUGCAGUGUGAAGAUUGUAAAAUGAGAUUACAUUGGCAGGAAAUGAACUGCAGAUGUUUCCACUGUAAAAGUCACUUUUCAUUGUGUUCCUCUCAGAUUACCAGUGCACACAUUGGCAUCAGUUCUCCAGAAGCAUUGAGGUUUCUCCUUCAGUCUUUACAUGUUGUAACACAUGGUUGCCACAUCUUUUAAAGUUUAUUUCAAAUUGUGCUGAUAUGGAUCUGUUGUGUGAGACGGGGGACCUGGAGGAAGGUCAGACGCUGGAUUAAAGCACGAAGGUUGUCCUGAACCAUGGAUGUAUUAACAUGAUGUAGCUCAGAUCAGAGGAAGACUUCUUAUUAAAACAGUUGUAGUUGGAAUUUGAACACGACAUGAAUUUUAGAUGCUGCUGCAAACAAAGUCAAAAGAAAAACUUGGAUGCAGCACACGUUCAUUCACAAACACCGACUGUGAAAAACAGUUUGCUCUACAAAUGAUCAUAAGGAGCCCUGUGGAGUUUUCUUCUAAAUAAACUGGAGCUAUGGUCACACUCAGUGAUGUUCACUAAUUCUGGAGGUCUAACAAGAAAGUUGAGUACUUUUCUUACCUCAUAAAACAUUUGCAAAGCCAUUAAAAAAAGUUUGUGUGUUUCCACCCAUCUCUUUAGCCAGCAGUCGUCUUCCCUCUCUCUCUCGACACACUCUCACUCCAGCCUUGUCACAUAGACGUUUAGUCAUGGACUUUCUACGUCCACAUACAACGUGCAAAGUACCCUGGGUGCCUUCAAAAUAAACACUACAUUAGUAGAGCACUGCACAUUGACGAACAACACAUGGUUGGGUUUAGAGAAAAAGAACAGGGCUCGGAUUUAUAAUCUCACAGGAUGUGAACACCACUCUCACAGGUGGAAGUCUGUGUUUGCUGGACCCAUUCACCACCCAUCCCACCCAUCCCACCCACCCUAGUCAGACUUUUGCCACCUUAUUUUAGUUCCUGUGCUGUCACCUCUCCCCCUGACUCUGCCGGGUGCUGUUAAACUGUAAUGGUGACUGGCUGCGUAUCAUACUGACCUUAAAAGGAGUCAGUCACUGCCCCCGCACUGGAUUUCGACGACUUCAGAGUGAGACCAGGUUGCAUUGAGUUGUUUUUUGGAAUGUUGCUUCCCCAUACUCUGAUCUUUUACUGAAGUAAAAGUAGUGCUACUAGAGUGUAGCAGUACUCAGU